GGGAGAGGCGAUGGCCAUACCUGCGUGGUGCGAGCAGCUUACCUGGGCCCCAUAACUGGUUCCUUCACCAGCGACCUGCAGCACAGAGAGGCAUGUCGGUUUGUAAGUCCACGGCGGCAGUUACCUGCAGCUCUUGGUUCCAUUGCUCCAGUGCUGUUACACGGGACUUAAGGUCUUCUAAGUUCCGCAAGGUGGCGCGUGGCUAUGCUCAGCUGCGGGAUGUUAUAGAAGGUCAAGUCAGUGCACAUGAUGAAGAGACAGUUACCGCUGAGUCUGAUGGGCGUAUUUACCAACCGGCAAGUCGAUUCACUCCUGCGAAACUCCAGGCGUUGGCAGACAUCAAGUUCACGUAUGUUGUGACUGCGCAGAUAUAUGGUCAGCAGAAGAGAAAAAAGGAACAGCAGGCUGAAGACAUAUCAAACUUGAUGAAAAAGUAUCAUGCGCUUAGGAUUGCCUAUGUAGACGAAGUUGAUUCAAAUUUCUACUCAGUCUUGGUGAAGUGCAAUGACCGGGGGAUUGAACAGGAAAUUUAUCGUUUGCGGCUGCCUGGGCAAUUCAGGCUUGGGGAGGGAAAGCCAGAGAAUCAGAAUCACGCAGUGAUUUUCACUAGAGGAGAAGCACUUCAAGCAAUCGAUAUGAACCAGGACAACUACCUUGAAGAAGCUUUCAAAAUGCGCAAUCUACUCCAAGAGUUUCUGCGAUACAAUGGCAACCGUAAACCGACAAUUCUUGGAGUAAGGGAGCACGUCUUCACAUCCGGCGUAUCUUCGAUGGCAUGGUUCAUGUCGCAGCAAGAAACCAGUUUUGUGACAAUGGGCCAGAGGACUAGUGCGAACCCCUUGCGGGUUCGUAUGCAUUACGGGCAUCCAGAUGUGUUCGACCGCAUUUUUCACAUGUUCCGUGGUGGAAUGAGCAAGGCUUCAAAGACCAUCAAUCUCAGUGAAGACAUUUAUGCUGGUUUCAAUAGCACUCUGAGAGGAGGCAACGUCUCUCAUCACGAGUACAUUCAGGUUGGGAAGGGCAAGGAUGUUGGACUCAACCAGAUUGCGAUGUUUGAGGCUAAGGUCUCCAGUGGAAAUGGAGAACAGAUCCUCAGCCGUGAUGUGUACAGACUCGGACAUCGCUUGGAUUUCUUGCGGAUGUUAUCUUUCUACUGCACGUCUGUAGGCUUCUUUAUCAGCAACCUGAUAACCGUUUGGGUCGUGUUCAUCUUUCUGUAUGGGCGAGUCUUCAUGGCUCUCAGUGGAGUUGAUAAAGCUGAAAACCUAACUGGGGACGUCCUUGAGAAAGCCUUGAAUGUGGUGUUCAUUGUCCAAGUUGGAUCAUUUACUGCACUCCCGCUCAUUUUGGAAAUGGCUCUUGAAAGGGGUCUGACAAGGGCAAUAGUUGACUUCCUGAGGAUGCAGUUACAGCUGUGCUCAGUGUUUUACACAUUCUCCCUUGGAACAAAGGCACACUACUUUGGGCGAACUGUUCUGCACGGCGGCGCCAAGGGCGAGAGGGACACUAGCGGGCAGAGGGCCGGCACCGAGAAUCGAGCGGUGCAGACUGCGACGCGCAAACUGCCGGCGGGUGAGGGCGCGGCCCGUAGGAGGAGCGGGAGGAGGAAUGGGGGAAGAGCAGGAGGAGCAGCGGGAGGAGCAGGAGGGCGAGCGGGAGAAGCAGCAGGAGGGAUGGAAUUGGUCAUCUUGCUGGUGGCACUUGCCAGAUAUGGAAAUGCGAGGGCCUAUAUCCUCAUGACGUUUUCGACUUGGUUUAUGGCUUUCUCUUUCUUGUACGCUCCGUUCUUUUUCAAUCCAUCAGGCCUUGAUUUGCUCAAAAACGGGGAGGACGGCUCUGAGUUUGUCAAGUGGUUGUUCCGAAGUGCUGGAGCUGAGAAGAAGGAUGAUCGAAGCUGGGAGGCAUGGUGGGAGAGUGAGCAGGAGCACUUGAAAAGUUCAGGAUUUUUCAGCAAGGCCCUGGAUAUUGUUCUUGAUUUGAGGUACUUCUUCAUGCACUACGCAGCCAUCUACCGCCUGGACGUUGUUGGAGAGCGACGCAAAAUCUGGGUGUACCUUAUUUCAUGGCUGGUAGCCAUUGGAGUCGGUUUCAUCGUCAAGCUAUAUACACUUAACAAGAAAAAGUUUGGAGUACAGAAGCAUCUGGCGUAUCGGUUCAUUCAGUUCACACUGACCAGCACAAUCAUCUUGGCUCUUGUCCUCCUUGUCGUACUGACGGAUCUGACCAUCAGCGACGUGUUUGUCGCCAUUCUCAUAUUUCUUCCCACUGGGUGGGGACUUAUCCAGAUUGCACAGGUGCUUCGACCAUUGGUGGAAGGGGUUGGUUUUUGGCCAACAAUAAAAUCCAUUGCUCGCCUGUACGAUGGCCUGAUGGGGGCCAUCAUCAUCAUCCCGUUGAUCCUCGUCUCCUGGCUUCCUAUCGGUGACAUUCACAACAGGAUCCUGUUCUCCCAAGCCUUCAGCCAAGGACUACAAAUACAGAAAAUUAUUGUCGGUAAACGACCGAAUGCCAAGCUCUCCUAGGACUCCUGUCAAUCCUAACCUUGCCUUUGCCACACACUCAGUCCAGUGAAUCCCCUUCUCCUCCACUUCUCCAUCUCCUCUCACACCCUACCUUUUAUUUAACCAUGCUUUUGACUUCUUACCUUAGUAGCUUUUAAACUUAUGACACGUAGUAUGUUUCAUCUGACACAUAGUAUGUAUGGUCCGACAUGGUAGUCUGUCACACACAUAGUACCCAGAUAGUACACACAUAGUACACACAUAGUACACACACAUGUAGCUCACACAUAGUACGCACAUAGUACACAUACACAUAGUAUGCACAUACACAUAGCAAAGACAUAGUACACACGUAGUAUGCAGAUAGACAUAGCAAAGACAAAGUACACGCAGAGUAUGGUGUGGUGGGAUUGGAGUUUGAUCGCUGAGUAUGUGUUCUAGCCUGGCCUCGGGACAAACACACAAUCUUUUGAAUCCCCUUUUUUCCCCAUCUCUCCUCAGAGUCUGGCUUUGGUGGUUAACCAUGUUGUAAUCAUAGUAUGGUAUGGUCUGGACGGUCUGACAUAGUAUGUCCUGAUAUGGUAGUCUGCUGUAGAGUACGGCCUCGGUAAGGAGUCUGAACAGAGUUUCUCACAGUGUGGGGAAGUUUCGGCAUGUAUAGAAUCUCUCACUAUGUCUGCUUCGGCAGCAGGCGCUUGUACUUGUGAAGCGGACGACGAUGUAUUCUGACGAACAAUCAGGGCGUACUCCACACUAGUACCAGUACCUUUUUGACUGGUCUCUGGACAUCAUGUGUGGCCAGAUGCAUACAGGAAUGUCCACUAUUGUGGCCAGAUGCAUCCAGGAACUCCCUUUAUUAUGGUCAGAUUUGCCCAGGAAAGCCCUAGUACAUGAUAGGAGUGCGGGGAUCCGAUGAGAGAGUGCGAUUAACGGCUGUGUAAUGCACCUACAAACUCUUUUUUUUUUUCUUUUGUUUUUUUCAUAAUGCUGUUAAGUGAGCGCACAUUUUGAACCCAUCGGGACUACUUACCAGCAUCAGGUACAUAACGAGUGUCGUGUAGUGGAGUGACUCCCAGCUAGGCCCUUUUUAUGUAGGAGGGACGCGUAUACUUGUGAACUGAUCGCACAUUUUGAAUGUAUCGGGAUACUACCAGCUUCUGAUACGUAACGAGUGUCGUCUAGUGGAGCAACUCCCAUCGAGGCCCUUUCUUUGUAUGUAGGAGGGACGUGUACACGUGCACUGAUCGCACAUUUUAGGAGGGACGUGUACACGUUCACUGAUCGCACAUUUUGAACGUAUCGGGACAACUAUCAGCAUCAGAUACAUAGCGAAUGUCGUAUAGUGGACCGACUCCCAGCGAGGCCCUUUGUAUGAAGGAGGUUGGUCAUAUGGCCUUGCGUCAAACUACUAUCGCCGCAUCCGUACUCCCUAACUUUUGCGGGUAACCGCUUUCGGUGCCUCACUGGUAGAGACUGACUAAUCAAGCAUCAGGUGUGGCUGAUAGUGAGAUUCCCUCGCAGGCCAAUCUUCAAAGCUUCUAUUCCUUUCUUAGAACAUACUGACGUACACUAGCACAAUCUUAAACGCAUCUGACCGUAAUUACGGCCCAACUUGGAUGCAUCUGGCCGCAAUUGCGGUCUAGAAAUAAGUGAAAAAGUCCUACUGUGAGUAUGCACUUGAAAAAUUCAGAGCCCCAUAAGUUGGUGCACUCGAGUUUUUCUCUACUGCUGCAGGGAGUUGGAAGAGAGAGAGGGGUUGUAGGCGUGAGAGCUGCCUUGUGAUAUGUUAUAGUAUUUUAUGGAAAACCUGGUGGCUAUGUAUGAUCCUGAAUCCCUUGAGAUUAUCCCGCGAAGCGACAAACCGCAGGCACCACAGGGACAUGAUUGCAGCCCUGUUUGUCCCCUUUUGGUAAUAUCCGAAGGCGGCGCUUUCGUAUUUGGUAGAAACAGCUGAGCAAUCGACUUCUGAGGUUUGGCUCUGCUGCUGGUCGAACGGUCAUGUGUGAGUGUUUCUACAUUUUCGAGUCGUCAUUCGUCUUGUGGAAUAUGCUCAGCUCAAUUUAGGUUGACAACAUUUGUUAAUGUCGGCUUCUCUCUGAGUGUGAGUGUUUCCACAUUUUUGAGCCGUCAUUCAAAUCCAUCGUUUUGCUGAUUUCCUGCACAAAGA